GAAUCUCCGAGAUAUGAAUUAUAUCAUCACUCUUCAAAUGCGACAGGACCCCGGUUGUCCACCAUGACUGACGAGCCGAAAAGAUGUCGCACUAAGAAGCCGAAAACGCGGACUGGCUGUUCUGUCUGCAAAAAACGAAAGGUGAAAUGUGAUGAACAGUUGCCAGGAUGUAAAAGAUGCACGAAAAUUGGAGUCGAAUGUCCCGGCUAUUAUAAGCCUGUUAAAUGGUCCAUUAAAUAUGAAAGGAACAUGCUCAAUUCGUCGCCGAAUGCCGAUAACUCCUUUUCGUGGUUCGACUCAGGCGCCAGAAGGCUAUCGGACUUGAUACAGCCAAGAUCAGACUCUGGGAGUGUCGAGACUCAGAACGACAAUGACUCUGAAGUACCAGCACCUAGUCCUUUCCCGCAAAAUUCUGGUUCGAGUUCAUCUGAUGCCAGAGAACACUUAGAGCACAUAUUAGAAAGGCAAUCACCCUCUCCAUCGAAUCCAGAACAACCCUCAGAAUUAUGCGACGAUGUCCAAGCCGAUGAGGAGCUUUCUGUUGCGCCUGAUGCCUCAUAUGAUGACUCUCUUUGCCUGACUUCUUACAUACCAACUCCACAAACAUCACUCAUACUUGACCACUACUUCACAACAGUUUGUCAUUUCAACUCAUCCUUUGACUCAGCAAACAACCCAUUCCGAUCAGAAGUUGCCAGAAUGAUGGCCGACUCACCUCUGCUCUUUGGUUGCGUGUUGAGCAUGUCAGCAGCUCAUUUAUAUCAGGACGACAAAGGCAACAACUACAUACCACUGGAGUUCCAGACCGAAGCAAUGUCACAUCUUUCACAGACAUUGUCCAAGCUUCCUGUGAGCAGGGAAUACGAGGCGGAUGACAACCGACCUACGGCCUUGGUAUCUCGAGAGAAAGUUCUGAAUGUUUCGGAUGACUUGCUCUUGAGCAUCAUUUUUUUGGGAAUGACUGCGGCUUGGCAUGAUACCUCUGCAACCGGCCUGCCACAUCUCCAUGGGUCACGACAACUAUUCAGGUCAUGGAUAACAUUAAACGAGCUGACAGACGUCGACAGGAGAAGAAACAUGACAAAAACACAAAUAUUUGUCGUGUCAUCCAUGGUUUACUGGGAAGCCAUGAGCUCAGCUCUCUUCGACCAGGAAUACGGAGGUUUAUCACAUCUUAAUAUCUUCUGCGAUCCCCACCCCCCAGCACUCAUCCAGCCUUGUCCGUGGACCGGCGUCGCAACACCCGUUUUUGUAUUUCUUGCAAAGACACUAACACUGGUGCGGAAUAACCAGUCCUUGAAGAGCUUGCGUGUUUUCGAAACUGGGGAGAUCCAUCGAAGGGCUCUAUACGCUGAGUUACUCGCCAAGGCAAAUGAUCUCGAACGUAAGAUUGUCGGGUAUCGGCUGCCUUUUGUUAGUCUUAUUGAUGAUGUUGGCGAUCCAUGCACAACGCCUGAUCACUUGCUGGCUAUAUCUCGCUGUUAUCGUCUGGCUGCCCUGCUGGAGCUCUAUUCUGCUUUUCCGGAAACGAUAAAGAGAGCGGAGAGUCUAGACCAAGCUGUUGACUCGCAGUAUGGUGAUGAUAAGACACAUCUAGUAACGGGACUGGCAUUCGGGAUACUGGAAAUUCUAGAAAGAAUACCAGACGACUCAGGGACAAUCUCGAUACAGCUUCUGUCAUUGCUGAUUGCUGGAAGUGUCCUGGGGCCCGUCUCACCAAGGGAAGAAGGCGAAGGACCAAGAAGAUCGGAGAUAAUUCGUCUGCGGACAUUUGUUCGACAGCGGAUUCACAAGAUGUAUGCAGCUGUUCGCUUGGGGCCAAUUGGAAACGUCAUGCUUAUACUGGAGGAGGCUUGGUCGCGUAUGGACGUAUUGCCGGCAGUUCAGAACUGGAACUCAGUGGCUCCGAGCUUUCACUGGAUAGAUAUCAUGUCGGAGAAGAGAUUGGAAACGAUGAUUGGAUGACCAGAAAUGAUACAUUUUAAUAUACCUCCCUUUGUCAAAUGGAGAGCCUUUUUACCUUAUGAAAUGUGGUUCUCUAUGCUUCUGGCCAUUUUUAGAUACCAACGGACCAAGGCUUAUG